CCGUUAUACAAACAAAGCCUCUAGCUAUUCCACUGCAGUCGAGGCAAUCUAUACUAUCGUCCAUAUUCGCCUCUCCCCACUAUUAGCAUUUCGGAUCCAGUGCUUAUCCGUCAGUAACAGAACUUACUCACAGUAACAUCAGCACUUCGCCAAAUGUCGUCAAAAGAUGUGGAAGCUUCCGACAGCACUUCCGCCUUCGAUCUCUGCAAGAUCAGAGACAUUCUAGAGAAACAGGCCUCUAACUUGAAGGGCGUGCAAACGUCGGAUGUGGACUGGUUUCUCAGAGACUAUUCCAUAUCUGCGGUGGGAGACAGACCCGAUGAUCAAAAAUCCCAUUCCAGUAACAGCAAACAUAGAAGUAAUUCGACUAGUGCCAGUAAUGCGAGUAAUGUUACUGAAACUAAUAGCAAUGCCAGUAAUAUUAGCAGCAACGACACCAAAAAAACGGUAUCCAACAACUCGUUAUCACCGGUUUCGUCUCAUCUCAACACAAACAUCUCCAACACCAACGGGAACAACUUGCAUAAGACAAAGCCAUCCAUAGCUCCGGUUCAGGAAGAAAACGUACUACCCAUCGUAGCUCCAGAGUCGCCCGUGCAGCGCCGGGAUAGCACUCGACGUAAAAGUCUGGUUUCGUCUUUGGGCAGCACGUCGUCAUCGUCUGGCGGAUUUUUCUCGAAACUCAAAGUCAAACUCGGCCACAACAAGCCCGCAAAGCAGCCUGUAUUCAAGUCGAACUACGAUAUGCGCAUGAAGAAGGGUACAAACGACACAAAUGUGAAUGUAGGCUCGUCGUCUCCUUCGUUUGGCCCCUCUGUACCAUCAGCGAAGAUGAAUGGAACUGCUGAAUCCAGUUUUGAACUCGCUCGAUCCAGUCCCAAUGUUGAAAUGGCUUCGACAGAUUCGUUUGAGGAAUCUGUAGAUCCACGUUUGGAGGAGUACAUCAAGUUCUACCAGCAGAAGGAUAUCCGUCGUAGCUCAGUAGCCUCACGUAGAUCAUCUGUAGCGUCGGCUUCUUCUGCAAGCACCACUGCAUCGAUUCCCAGCCAUCCAGCAAUAUCCCCACUUCCUAGUGCCUUGGUUAAUGGCUACGAUAAUGUCACAUACAACAAAAAUGUUGCCGAGUCUGAGCCACCUUCGACUACCAGCAAGUUUUCAUCUUUCUUGAGACCGCCUUCGGUACUAGAUUCUGAUUCGAAUUUCAAAAAUUUGAAGCCCUUCAAACGAGUUGCUUUCCAUCUGUCAACGUUCUUGAUCGAUCCACCUCAGCAGAUUCCUUCUAGAACUCCCAGAAAAGGAAACGUAGAAAUUAUCGGCACUACUGUGAAAAUCAACCCACUCACCGACGAGGACAAACUCGCUAUGGAGAAGUCCCAGAUGGGCCAGGGUGGAGGCAUUGUAGUUGGAGGAACAGGAGCUUUGGGACUCAUAAAGAAAGAUAAGGAUGAAGAAGAUGAAGAAGAUGAAGAAGAAGUAAACGGCGAGCCAGGUUCCCCAGAAUCUCCUAAGGACGGCUUAAUUAAGAAUGACUCCAUAAGUUCAACAGAGGAUGAACCAGCCGUAGAUAAAAAGGCAAGAGCCCUCAACAUUGACAAGCCCAUGAUUCACCACCAACCAGCACCAGCAGGCUACAGCAUUCCGGUGAAGAAAAUGGCUCUUGAUCUCAUGUAUACUAGAUGUUGUCAUUUACGGGAAAUAUUACCCAUUCCUGCUAUUCUCAAGCAGAUUCCCAAGGGCUCAAUGGCCCCAUUGCCUGUGCUUCAGUUGAGAAACCCAACACCGACGAUGGUUGAGAUUCAGACGUUUGCAGAUUUCUUGAGAAUUGCACCGGUUAUCUGUGUCUCGUUGGAUGGUGUCAGCUUAUCUUUGGAGCAAUUCAAGAUAUUGUUAGCAGCCAUGAGUGCAAAGAAGCAACUAGAGAAAAUCAGUUUGCGUAAUACGCCUAUGGACCAAGAAGGAUGGGCCAUGUUGUGUUGGUUCUUAUCGAGAAAUACAGUCUUGAAUCGAUUGGAUAUCACCCAAUGCCCAUCUUUGUCAGUAAAUGUAUUGAAGAAGAGAAAGAAGAGAAACUCUGAUGCUAAGAAGGACGAAGAAGUCAAGAGAAUGACCUGUAAUGCAGACAACAGAUCUGAUAUGGACUGGUCCUUAUUCGUAGCUACGUUGGUGGCCAGAGGUGGUAUAGAAGAACUUAUCUUGACAGGUUGCUGCAUCACAGAUUUGGACAACUUCGAGAAGUUGAUGAAGUUGGCAGUAUCCAAAAAGACCAACAGGUUGGGCCUUGCUUACAAUCAGUUGACUCCAAAGCAUGUCAAGAUCGUUGUGGAUAACUGGCUCUUCCGAGACUUUGCCAGAGGCUUGGAUCUUGGCUACAACGACUUCCUGUCUAUUCAGAUGCUUAAGAUCUUCCUCGACUUCAAGAACGAACAUAAGGACUUUGAGGAAUUGAUUUCUAAAUCUAUGUUGGCCUUCUUGAGUUUAAACUCAACGAACUCGAUGUUCAACGAAUAUUUCAAGGAGGUGUUUGAGUCGAUCCUCUUGAAGCUUCCAAACUUGAAAUAUCUAGAUUUCUCCAAUAACCAGCGAUUGUUUGGAACUUUCAGUAAAUCUCCAAGCGUGGAUAGUAAUUCAGGUAUAGAGUUGCAUUCUGAUAAUUCCAGUAUUUCUAGUUCAACCUCAUCGUCUUCUUCGAAAGACUUGGGAUUAAGCGAGUCUGCAAUCACUCAAUACUUCACUUCCAAGCUUCCAUUGUUUCCAAAGUUGAUUAGAUUACACUUGGAAAACAUCAACUUCAGCCAAUCUUCUCUCCUUUCCAUUGCCAAGGUUAUGCCUUUCUGUAAGAACUUGGGCUACUUCUCGUUGUUGGGAAAUAGAAUUGAGUUGACGGCAGCAAGUGCGUUGAUCAAUGCCUUGAAGAACUCGAAGACAUUGAUAGCUUUGGAUUGUGAUAACGAUAACUUCCCGGAUUUAUUCAAAGAAAGAAUUGGUUUGUAUUGUAUGAGGAACAUGGAAAGAUUACUCUAUGCCUCCAAGAGUGUGGACCUUGAUUUGAACGAUUCCGGAAAUGAAAAUGCAGGCGAAUCUUUGACAGAGUCCAUGAACAAGAUUUUAUCAAUGAAGGCCAAACAGAAACUCGACUUGACUUCCCCUGAAGUCAGCAAGUUCAUACGGAGAGCAUUGAAGAUUAGACAGGAGUUGAAGGCAACAAUCGACGAAUUAUUGCAGCUACAAUUGCGAAACGAAUUGGACCUUGAAGGAAAAGAAACCUUGAUCAGAUUUAUCUUCAUUGAUUCUUCCAUUGAAAAGGGACUUCAGUUGAUUGAUCCAUCGUUGACAGAUGUGGAUAACAAUAUCCUUGAACAGUUAGCCAAUUCAGCAGAAGACGAAAAGAAUCUCAAGAAAGCGUUGUUCAUCCAGUAUGAUGAUCAAAACUUAGGGGUUCCUAAGAGCAACGACAUUCCACCCAGCAUAUCUCCUCUUGGUAUGUCAAGAUCGACCUCAAGAACUAAUUUGUCUAACUUGGACAGACAAGAGGGUUCGGUCUUGAAGUUGUCGAGAUUGCACGACUUCCACCAUCAACAUGAAGAGGGCUACAUGGGGGAUGUUUCUGGCGAGGAUCUUCGUAAGAAAUUGAGAGGUGUUGAGUUUGCAGAUUUGGAAAAGAUCAUUUCCUAUCUAGAAGAGUUGAAGAACAAAGGAAUUUCUCUUGGUAAAGUUUACAACAUGCACGGAAAGAACCCGCAUAGGCAAACAUUAGAACCUGUUUCGGCAGACGGAGACCGCAUAAACGAAGCAUACGACAAGGUCUUGAGUACAUUUGCACAUAAGUAAUGGGAAUCAUUAUACAAACAUUCAGUUCUGCCAAUGGAGCUUUUUCCAUAGAUAGAGGUAUAUAGUGAAUUAUGAUAUUGCAAUAUUG